UCACAUAUAUCUUCUCCCAUCUAUAUAAUUCCCAUAUAAACCAUCUCUCAUUUUCACCAUUUUCUUUAACCCAAAUCCACCACCAUGAAGGAGCUUUGGACAACCAUGGCUUCUCUAAUGGGUGUUUUAGCUUUUUGCCAAACCUUAUUACAUACUGUCAUCCCACCAGAGCUUCGUUUUGCUGUCUUAAAACUUUUCCAACGCCUAUUUAACUGUUUCUCAUCUUAUUGUUAUUUCGAAAUAACCGAGAUCGAUGGCGUAAACACGAAUGAACUGUAUAACGCUGUACAGUUGUAUUUAUCGUCGUCCGCCUCGUCCACCUCUUCGGCUGCCGCGGCUACUUCUAAUAGGCUGUCACUUACUAGGGGACUAAACUCGUCCGCUAUCACGUUUGGGUUAUCCAACAACGACCGACUCUCCGAUGUUUUCAACGGAGUGUCGGUCGUGUGGGAACACAUCGUGACUCCCCGGCAAUCUCAGACAUUUUCAUGGCGGCCGUUGCCGGAGGAGAAGCGUGGGUUCACGCUUCGGAUUAAUAAAAAGGAUAAACCUUAUAUCCUUGAAUCUUACCUCGAUUUCAUUACUGAAAAAGCGAAUGAAAUCAGGAGGAAAAAUCAGGAUAGGUUGUUGUACACGAAUUCACGUGGGGGUUCUCUCGACUCCAGAGGACACCCAUGGGAAUCCGUACCGUUUAAACAUCCGAGUACAUUUGAUACACUCGCAAUGGAUCCGGUGAAAAAGCAAGAGAUAAAGUCCGAUCUCCGAGAUUUUGCAGACGGUCAAGCGUUUUACAAACGUACCGGACGCGCUUGGAAACGUGGGUACCUUUUGUAUGGACCACCCGGUACCGGCAAGUCAAGCAUGAUCGCCGCAAUGGCUAAUUUUCUCGGAUAUGACAUUUAUGAUCUUGAACUAACGGAGGUGAAUACAAAUUCAGAGCUCCGGAAGUUGCUAAUGAAAACAAGUUCAAAAUCAAUAAUCGUAAUAGAAGACAUUGACUGCUCCAUAAAUCUAACAAAUCGCAAAAAGAGCUCCAACGGAAGUGGGCGAAACAAUGGUUCAUUUGAUGGUGAUACAAGAAGUGGCCCGGGAGGUCCAAUUGGACCUGGAGAUCCGGAUAAUAAUGGGGGAAACAACAACACUAUUACAUUAUCCGGUUUGUUAAACUUUACAGACGGGUUAUGGUCAUGUUGCGGGUCAGAACGGAUAUUCGUGUUUACAACGAAUCACAUUGAAAAACUUGACCCGGCAUUGUUAAGAAGUGGGCGAAUGGAUAUGCAUGUUUUCAUGAGCUAUUGCUCAUUUGAGUCGCUUAAAAUUUUGUUAAAGAACUAUUUGGGAUUUGAAGAAGGGGAUAUCGAAAAAGAAGUGUUGGAUGAGUUGGCUGCGGUGACGAAUGAAGCCGAAAUGACUCCUGCGGAUAUAAGUGAAUUGUUGAUCAAAAAUAGGAGGGAUGGUCAUAAGGCGCUCAAGGAAGUGUUGGAAGUUUUGAGGAAAAAAAAGUCAGCGAAUAGACGUCGGAGGGUGGUGGCAGAAGAGGAGGAGAUGGCAGAGGAGGAGGAGAAGAGGGCAUUGGAUAGUCCGAAAGAGGUAGGUGGUGGUGCGGCGACUGGUAGUGUCGACGACAAUAAUGUUAACGUGGAUUAUAAAAAAGGUGGGAAUGAUGGUGAAAAGGAUAAUGGACGAUUAUGUAAUUGAUUAAGUUAAUGUUCAGUUAAUUAAUUAAUCAAUUAGCUUUAGGUUCUUUUUUGUAAGUUUUGGGUUUAGUUAAAUUAUUAAUUCUGUUAAAACAGGAGUUUUGGGAUAUGGAAUGUAAUGGGGAUUGGAUAUUUGGAAAAUGGAAAAUUUCAUAAUA